CAAAAGUCGACCCAGAAGCCAGGACUGCGGGUACGUAAUGCGAUACCAGGUUCAAUAUCAAACAAAGGAAAUGGGGGCGUGAAGCCUCGACCCACGUCGUACUGCAGGGCGGAAAACAGGGCUUGCAUGUUGCACCGUACAUCUCACGCGGACAGUUUCUCAGACUACUCAUUUCCCUUGAGGAUAUAAUGCUUUGUUGGGACCGCCCAGUUUCUUUUCCUUUCCUCUUAUACAUUUCAUUUCAUGCGUUUGCUAGUAAGGAGCACUAUUGAAACAUACGACGUACAGGUAGCCAGCAGACAAGGGAGAGCAUAUAUACUCUCCAUAGAACCUCCAUAGAUCUAUACCCAUCCGCCUUCGAGCACCCGGUUCCCAUUCACUUCAGCUUUCCAAUCUCUCCAAGGUCGACAAGCCUUUGCCGACAGCAAAGUUUGCAGACUAUUACCAACAAUGCCCACCGCUUGUCCAGCAACAACCACCAAGAUGCCAUCUCUCGAGCUGAUCCAUGAUCACAUGGCAGUCACUCAUGCCAAAAAGGCCAGUGUCACAGUUACCAUCGCUCCAGCACCAGACUCAGGCAUCGAACCAACUCUCUUGACCCUCCGACCCGAACUAACCUACCCACCACCCCUCCGUUUCUACUUCGCCUACGGCUCCAACCUCUCUCUAACCCAAAUGUCCCGCCGCUGCCCAACAGCAACCUACCACUCCUUCGGCAUCCUGCGCAACCACACCUGGAAGAUCGGUCCCCGGGGCUACGCCAACGUCGUCCCCACCAGCGCCUCCUGUUCACCCUCCAGCACUCUCCAAAAGUCCAGCGGUGCCCACAAACCCGUCGUCUACGGUGCUCUCUACACCCUAGAGGCUAGCGACGAAGAAGCGCUCGACUACGCCGAAGGCGUCCCGUUCGCGUACGAGAAGCGGGAUCUGUUCAUCGAGGUCCUGUCUGUGGCGGAUUCGAGCUCGUGUGAGGUGAGAGUGGGGCAGAUGGUUAAGGCGUUGGUGUAUGUUGAUGUGAAGCGGACGGGAGAGGGGGUUUGUAGGGAAGAGUAUUGCGGGAGGAUGAAUAGGAGUAUUAGGGAUGCGAGGAAGAUGGGGAUGCCGGAGUGGUAUAUUCGGGAUGUGAUGAGGAAGGGGGUUAGGGAGGAGGAGAUUUGUGAGGAUAUGCCUGAUCCAUUCCACCCAGGAAUCCUGUAUUAAACACAUCCACGUGGACUGUCAAGAGACUAGUAUGGUUAUGAAAGCCACUACGUGGGAGAGAGAUGGGCAGAAGACCUUGUCAGUCAGCAAUUGAAGAUAAGGUCAGACGAAGUUGUGGACAAGACGGUUUCAAGUUCGGAGGGCUAUGCGCUUUGCGUAAUUGUACGGUAGUUCUUACUUACUGAAAAUCAUUAGGAGUUUGGGAGGC